AAGAAAUACCAUUGUCUAUUUUUAUCAGUUCUUGGCGUGACUAUUUUGGUUCACUUCUUGGUUAAAAUGGAGCGAAUGGCAAGUUUCUUUUGUAUUUCUAUAGUAGUUGUGCUGCUGAGCAUGAGCUCUCGAGUAGCAGCCCAGGGAGGACUCAAAGCAGGAUUCUAUUCUUCAUCAUGCCAGAAUGCAGAGUCCAUCGUGAGGUCCACUGUGGAAACUCACAAUAACAAAGAUCCUACUGUUGCAGCUGGCUUGCUCAGGCUUCAUUUCCAUGACUGCUUUAUUCAGGGUUGUGAUGGUUCAAUUUUAAUUGCGGGAGCUUCUGCUGAGAGAAAUGCAUUGGCAAACUCUGGAUUAAGAGGAUUUGAAGUGAUUGACGAUGCCAAAAAACAACUUGAAGGCUCAUGCCCUGGGAUUGUCUCGUGUGCUGACAUUCUUGCAUUAGCUGCUCGUGAUGCUGUAGGCUUGAGUGGUGGUCCUAGCUGGGAUGUGCCAACUGGGAGAAGAGAUGGCGGGAUAUCUUCAUCAUCCGAAGUCCCGAAUAAUUUACCUUCACCACUGGAUCCAAUUGCUGUCCAGAGGCAAAAGUUCGCAGCUAAAGGUCUAGAUGACCGUGAUCUUGUUACACUAGUUGGGGCACAUACCAUAGGCCAGGCGGAUUGUUUAUUCUUUAGAUACCGACUCUACAACUUCACAGCAACUGGGAAUGCAGAUCCCAGCCUGAACCAAGCAUUCUUGGCACAGCUACAGUCUCUUUGUCCCAGAAAUGGAGACGGCUCGAGAAGGGUGGCAUUGGACAAAGACAGUCAGUUCAAAUUUGAUGUCAGCUUCUUCAAGAAUGUGAGGGAUGGCAAUGGGGUUCUUGAGUCGGAUCAAAGGCUCUGGGGUGACCCAUCAACACGUCGAAUUGUUGAAAACUAUGCAGGGAAUAUUAGAAGACUUUUGGGACUAAGAUUUGAUUUUGAGUUCCCUAAAGCCAUGAUCAAAAUGAGCAGCAUUGAGGUUAAGACUGGAGCACAAGGGGAGAUUCGAAAGAUUUGUUCCAAGUUCAAUUAGAAAAUGUUACUGCUAGUUAUCAGAUAGUUGCUAGAUAAUAAAAAGUCGAACAGUGAUGUGAA